AUGAAAACAAAAUAUUUUUUUAAAUCGAUCAAUUUACUAAUAUACCCCAUUUCUUGCAAAAGAAAGAAAAAGGGUUUAUAGGCAAUUUAAAAUAGCUCUUAAAUGUAUUUUUUGAAUAAAAAUUAGAGUUCUGAGUACCACAAUAUCAUAAAUGUCUUAGAAUCUAAUAAUGGUUUCAUCAUUCUUAAUUUAAAUGAAUUUUAAAGUCAAAUAUUAAAGAACCAUUUUAAACAUUCCAAUAUGGCUAGUUUUAAAAGGUUAGUAAUGAAUGAAUAAACUAGAUAAUUAAAUAUGUAUGGAUUUGAGUUUUCCAGGACAUAAGAAGGUUUAAUGAAAUUUCAUCACAAUCAAUUUGAUAGUAGGAAUAAUGAAGGACUCUAAAUGAAAUAAAAUACAGCCAAAAGCACAUUAACACCAGAUUAAGAAUUAUAUUUGUUAAAAUUGCAAGUGAAAGAUAUUUAAAGAAAUCAACAAAUUAUGUAAAGAUAAAUCAGAGAAAUUAUAGAUAAACAGUAAGAGAUCCAAAAAAAUAUUAAAAAGGCUAUGCUUGAUUAUGUAAGAAUAAGAGUUAAUGGAUAAACGAAAGGGAAAAAAGUGGGAAAAUUUGUUUGGAAAUUCCAUCGAAAUAUCACAAAUAAAAAAUAUAAAAGAUUCCUUUAUUAGAAAUGGAAGGAAGCUAACUCUUAUUAAGAAUGUCUUUGUAUGGGAUACGUACCCUAAUAAACCUUUAUAAAAUAAUUUUAUACACACCCAUUAUUGAAUAACUCAAUUUUUGAUAUCAAGAUUCCAAAUUUAAAUAAUAGAAGUCCGGAAAUGUUAGAACUCUGCGACACAUAAGAUCAAAAUGACAGUAGUGAUUUAGAUUUAAUGGAAGUACAAAGUGUUAGCAAUAUCAGUAACUAUUUUAAUUUAUGA